GCAUCUGGUCAACAGAGUGGAGAUACAGCAGCGACUCGAGAUCAGGACUUUGGAGAGCGCAGCGGACAGAGCCAAUAUCAGACAACUUCCUCUAGAGCACAUGUGUAAAGCGAUGUUACAACGAACCGGCCCCCAGCUGCUUUUCCUAAUAGCCCUGUGCAGUGUGUUAUACUCCCGGACUCUGAGUCUGCCGUACACAUCCAUGAGACCGACGAGACACGCAGACGGUCUGUUCACCAGCGGAUACAGCAAACUCCUCGGACAGCUAUCAGCGCGGAGGUACCUGGAGUCUCUGAUCGGGAAGCGGGUCAGUGAUGAGCUGAUGGAGGAGCCAGUGAAGCGCCACUCAGACGCUAUCUUUACAGACAACUACAGCCGCUUCCGCAAACAGAUGGCCGUCAAGAAGUACCUGAACUCAGUCUUAACAGGAAAGAGAAGCCUAGAAGAUCCUGGAACCAGCGACUUGGAGGAGUCCAGGGACGAACCCAACUCUUUCCAGGAGAGCUACAAUGACAUCAAUGUAGAUCACCUCCUAAACAACCUUCAACUGCCACUUUGA